AUUGCAUCAUUGCGAUUAUUAUGUCGCCAAUAGACUACGGUUGCGUUGAUUGAGGAACUGGAUAAUUAAUGCGAUGAUCAUCAAAAUUCCAUGGAUUCAUACUCUAAACGGUAAUUAAUACGUUAAAAUAAAGUAGGCAUGAAUAUGCAGAAACAAUACGUGCAUCUGAAUUAUGCCACAGCUGUUAUAGUUUUGCUUGCAUACUCCGUCUCCAAAGUGGAAUCAUCAUACAUUUGCCUCGGGCCAAGAGGAGGUGACUGGACGAAGAUUGGGACCCGUUGCUUUUUAGAUGUUCAUACGACGCCCAAACGGGGUAUCCAGUACAAAGCGGCGGAAUCCCACUGUAAAGCCAGGGGAGGGCACCUCGCAUCAGUCCACAGUGACAGCGAACAAACUUUUAUGGCUGAAAAGAUGAAAGAAAACAAACUGGGAUAUUUCAUAGGACUCAAUGACAUCGACAAAGAAGGAUCCUUUGUAUGGACUGAUGGUAGCCCUUAUUCAUAUGAGAAAUGGGCACCCAAGCAACGCAAUACAUAUGGGUUUACAGGAGCAAGUGACUGCGCACAAGUUACCGGAACGGCGUUCAAUACUUCUGAAUGGCGAACAGUUCCGUGUACGAUGAGAUCUGACGGUUUCAUUUGCAGCAAAGAAGCAGCAUGGUCUUGUAAUUCUACAACAGAUUGCCAUUCACUUGCAUCAUGCAAAAAGGAUAGAUCUUCAGCUGCAACUGGGUGCCAAUGUAAUAAAGGUUACACGGGAAAUGGAACACAUUGUGAAGAUGUCGACGAGUGUGCCAUGUCCCUUAAUAACAACUGCCAUGCAUUAUUUGCAACUUGCACAAACACAAAUGGUUCGUACAGCUGCAGUUGCAACAGCGGUUACAGCGGAGACGGGAUACGGUGCAGAGAAGUUAAUGAAUGCUCCACCGUGAACAGUUGUCAUGCAUUUUCAAAAUGCAAAAAUACAAAGGGCUCAUACACUUGUUCAUGUAUGAGAGGGUUUACUGGCAACGGAUUCAAUUGUACAGAUAUUGAUGAAUGUUUAGAUGACUCAAGCAAAUGUCACAAGUCAACCACAUGUGUUAACACACCAGGUUCCUACAAAUGCACCAUACCAGUAACACCUAGCACAUCAACAAAGACGGCGACAGAAACACCAACUAGUUCAACAGCAGCACAGACAUCUAAAGGUACAACAACAGCAUCUUUAUAUGUAGUAGAAUAUCCAAAGUGGACACGAUAUGGCCCAUGGAGUAAAUGCGGAAAUAACAACACAGCGAUAUGUUCGCCACAAUUCAGGUUCAGAGCCAGAAUGUGCAUUUUUAGCAAUGGAAGUGUUGUCAGUGAAGAUUUAUGCGAUGGGGGAGAAGAUGCAGCAUAUCAAAAGGCAUGUUGCAAAGGAGAGGCGUGUAAAAUAAUGUGUGCACGAAAUAUGGACAAAACUGGAGUCAGGAAUUGGGCAGUCGGACUCGAAAGAAGUAACCCUCUACCAGAACGGUAUUGUCAUGGCAUUCUACUUCACAACUAUUGGGUUUUGACAGGGGCACAUUGUGUAUGUCACGAAAAACAGAAGUGUUGUUCACAGGAUACGAAACGUUCUGAUAGCUCAUGGAGAAUUGAUAUACGAAAGUGUGACUAUAGACGUUGGAAAAUCAGAGCCUUAGACCCAAACCCCGACAACGACAUAGCCGAAGGUUUGCGAAACUUUCAAGAUGAUAUACACCCUAGCAGGAUUAUAAUUCAUGAUAAAUACGCAAUAACGGACUACACAACAUUGAAAAAUGAUUUAGCGUUGAUCCGCUUGAAAACCCCCAUACGUAUGGGAGCUGGGAAUGAUGACCCCCGACCAGCGUUGUUACCAAGGGUGAUUUGCAGCGAUUAUACAAAAGAUGAAAACACGUGUUCAACGCACUGGACGGAUUCACUCAUGCAGGACUGCUUUGCUACGAUAGACGGGAGAACGUAUGCAAAUAGAGGAGUAACAAAACUGAAGGUAUUUGAAGAUGCUUUCAACCAUAAGAGUCCAGAUGAUGUGAAAGCAUAUGGUGUGACACUAGAAGGGAGUGGUCAGUUUUCGAAAC